AUGAGAAAAUCCAUCCGAAUUUCUUCCAUCGGCCUCGGUCAAGCCGCAGAAACCGCUGUAGAACCGGUGGUGAAGAAUUUCAGUACUCGUUUUUCUCUCACGCCGUUUGCAAAGCGUGUUCAAAGUCUAACUGAUGAGCAAAGAUUGGCGAUCUCGCAAACGGGGUUCGGUAGUUUGCUAUUGGUUCCAAAUCAUUCACUUAACAGGGUUUUCCUUACAGAGGUAAUGGAGGCUUGGAAUUCUGAGCUGCGAGUUUUCGAAAUGGGUUCUGGAGAAAUUGGGUUUAGUUUAUUGGAUGUUGCUUUGAUUUUGGGGCUUCCGGUGGUGGGGCAUCGUGUGGAGCUGAGUGAUGAUGAAUUGUUUUCUAAAUUGGAGGAGGAAUAUGGGGCUUCACGUGCGAAGAGAAAGGUGGCUAUGGCUAGUCUUGAAGCGAGGCUGGAUUCUAUUGGGGAAGUUGUGAGUGAUGAUUUCGUGAGGAGUUUUUUGCUUUUCACCAUUGGGACUUUUCUUUCUUCGAAUGAUGGGAAAGUGGAUUCAAGGUACUUGUCUUUUCUUGGGAAUUUAGAUGGGGUUUCUGGUUUUGCUUGGGGUGCUGCUGUUAUUGAAGAUUUGUGUCAGUGGCUUGAUAAGAGGAAAGGCAACAAUGUACAAUAUGUUGGUGGUUGUCUCAUAUUUCUCCAAACAUGGUCCUACGAGCACUUUGAUAUAGCACGGCCAAAUUUGCUCGAUGAAGAUAUGACUUUUCCUCGUGUGUGUCGAUGGGAUCACAGUAAAACUCACCCUAGACAGCGGGGUACUUCAAGGUUUAAGGAUCUACAUGAUGAUCAGAUAAUUUGGAAACUUCAACCUACGUCUCAAGAGUUACGAAUAGACAUAAUAAAAGAAACAAUGGAGUUACUAGGUGACAGCAAGGUUAAAAGGGAUGGAAAUUAUUCAGCAAGCACAUCAAGUAAUGUUUCAGAUGAAGAUGAAGAGAUACAGCUUAGUAGCUCUAGUAAAAUAUAUACAGAAGACAUGAUUAAUUUCGAGAAUCAGGUAGUAGCGGACACUCCCACAAGGUUGGACACUUAUGACGAAGAGUAUAGAGAACAGAAUAUCAAUAUGGAAAAUCUGAUAGUCGAGGAGACCCCGUCCAAUUCGAGCACUCCUGUUGGAUUAAACAGAGAGGAUGCGUUCCAAUUUCAAAAACUAAUGAUGGAGGACUCUUUUACAAAUUUGAGCAUAUCUGAUUCUGAGGAAGGAAGUAGAGAAGAUGGGUUGAAUGUUGAGAAUCACAUAAUUGAGGACACAACUGCAAAUUUGAGCAUUGGGGACGACGAAGUAGGAAAAGAUCAUGAGUUGAUUGCUAAAACUCUCAUAGUGGACGACACCCCCCCUAAGUGCAGCUCUGAUGAUGUUGAUUUAAGGAAGAAAAAUAUCAUGUUGGAAGAGGAAAAUGCCGAAUUGAAGCUGAAAAUAAGCCAACAAAUGGAAGAAAUUGGAGUUCUCCGUAGAGAGAAUUUAUCAAAUACACAAUUAAAAAAGGAGAACGACGAGUUGAAACAAGAGUUAGACAUCUUGAAAAACAAUUUAAAUGGCUUUGCAAACCAAAUAGAGAGACAUAUUAAGGAAUACCAAACUGAUGCAAUUGAAUAA